AUGAAGGGAGCAGCUGGCACAUGCAUCAUACCUGAUAAAGAUCAAAUUGACCUCUCCGACCACAAUCUCACCGGAGUGCCUUCAAACCUACCACAAAACACCCAGUAUUUGGAACUCUCCUUCAACUCCAUCUCCACGCUGACAUCAGAGGGUCUGGCCAGCCUGUCGGCCCUGUGCAUCUUUAAAAUGACUAACUGUGGGCUGACCUCCAUCUUGCCAACAGCGUUUCAAGGAAACCCUCGCCUGGAGGAGCUGGACCUCUCCUUCAAUGCACUCUCAACAAUCCCUGAAAUACAAAGACUGCCCAAGCUCAGAAUUUUGGACCUUUCUGAAAACCUCUAUGAGUCUUUCACCUUGGGCCAGUCCUUUCAAAAUCUACAGAGUCUCUCUUCCAUCUCUCUGGGAGGUCCACGAAUAUCACAUCUGGGCAAGCGCGACUUGAAACCCCUCACAAGUUCCCCCCUGCCUAACCUCACAGAUGACCUGAGAAAUGUGGGGAAGCUCCAGCACCUCACCUUUGAGAACUCCUGGUACAGCAGUUCAGAUUUGUCACAGGCCUUUGUCCACAUCAUUCAGUCUCCACUGCAGACAUUAUCAUUUAGAAACUGCUCUUAUAAUGUAUUCCCUAUCCGUGCCCUGUCAACUUUGAAAGAGCUUAUAAUUAAAAAGAACAAGUUAGAGAGCCUUUACAGAGUUGCAGAAUACACACAUCUAUUGACUCAUCUGGAGAUUUUGGAUCUGAGCUUCAACCCCAUCAAGCUGCCUGACCAUAAGAAGGUGAAUUGGCCCGCACACCUGGGGAACCUUUCUCUGAGUGGAAACCUCCUUGGGAAUGCCUUGUUUGAUCAUCUCUCUCCGCACUUUGUCAGUCUCAAUCUAACCCAAACGGACAUCACAAGCCUGAACACAGACGCUCUUCACCACAUGAAGGACCUCAGGCAACUCUCUCUAGGCUCGAACGCCAUUAGAGACCUUCCACCUGACCUCACGCUGCCAGCACUGGAGGAGCUGCACGUGGACCGCAACAGCAUCGACACGUUGAAGCCGGAGACGUUCAGAGGACUGCCGAACCUCAAGAAAUUCAACGGCGGACACAAUCCAUUUGCUUGUGACUGUAAUCUCUACUGGUUCGUCCAUGACUUUAAUAAAACAUUGCUGGUAGAUUGGCCAGCAGCAUAUAAGUGCUAUUCCCCCGCACAGCUCACUGGAACACCUCUUAAGGAUUUCGAUCCCGGUAAAGUGGUUUGUAACCCAUUGAUCAUGUUUGGCAUUUGUUUUCCAGUAGUCUUGUUUGUCUUGGUCUCUUUUGGCGUGGUGUUUCAUUUCAUGGACGGAGUCUGGUACGUAAAGAUGCUGUGGAUCUGGUUAAGAGUUAAACAGAGGAGUCGGAAUAAAUACAGACGCUUGGCGAGCUCCACCUUCAAUUACCACGCCUUCAUAUCCUACAGUGAGAAAGAUGCCGAGUGGGUUCAGUCCGAAUUGGUGCACCAACUGGAGGCCGCAGAUUUCCACCUGUGCAUCCAUGAGCGAGACUUCGUCCCGGGCGAGUGGGUCAUCGACAACAUCAUCAACUGCGUGGAAAGCAGCUACAAGACCGUGUUCGUGUUGUCACGGAGCUUCGUCCAGAGCGAGUGGUGUAACUACGAGCUCUUCUUCGCACAGCACCGCGCCAUCGACACCCAAGAGGACUCCCUGCUGUUUGUCCUGCUGGAGCCCAUCCCGCCAGACUUGCUUUCCAGAAAGUUCCAGCGCCUGAGGUAUUUCCUCAGGCAGCAGACUUACUUGCAGUGGCCCGACGAGGAGCCCAAGCGCCGGCUGUUCUGGUCCAGUCUGACCGCCAUGUUGAGAACCGCAGACAGGAGUGUCGUGCUGCGCCAAGUGGCAGAAGACAUAGCAGAUCUGUGUCAUAAUGUCACUGAGGAGGCAGAACACACCUAA